AUCUGUUUGCAUAUCAAGGUCGCCAUUUUGCAGGAAAGUUUGGGAAUUUCGGGCACAGAAGAAAGAGGAAGUGGUGCGCUUAAAAAAUUUGGAUUACGGACGUGUGAGGAUCCAAGACUCCAGUCAGGGGGGAACGGGAGAGAUGUAUGAACGGGAACCGUCUGCGUGUGAACUUUACCUGCACUUCAGCAGGGAUUAUUAGUACUCCAGUCUAUUCUACCACUUCUUUUGCAACAGAUCGGAAACCAAAUCUUGCAACCAAAUCUUUGUAAUGCACUUUGCUGCGAUUUGCUUAUUUACUCCAUUCAUUCGUUCUGCAGAAAGUUUGUCAAAGUUGAGAGUUGUUUGAAAGUGUCCACGGGGGUCCUGCCGCAUCUGACAGGGUUAUGAGUGAAGCGGUCACUAACAGUUUUAUUGGAUUGGAGGAUUGUUGAUAUCGAGCUUUUCACAUGUCAGUCUGACCCGGUCAGCGAUCACCGGUGAUUGUUGAUCACAACGAAAUCGAAGUGACGCGACUGAAAGUGAAAGUGAUCAGUCAUUCAUUCCAAUGGUUUACAGCAGUCGCCCUUUAACAGUUGUGGGACUUUGAAUCUUUGAGCCUUGAUCAUGCCAGUGAGAAAGAAAGAUGCUCAGAGGGCACUGCAGCUUCUGGAGGAAUACCGAACGAAACUCAGUCAGACUGGAGACCCUCAUCUCAGACAUUCAAUUGAGAGAGUCAUAAAUAUAUUUCAGAGUACACUCUUCCAGUCCCUCAUAGAUAUCCAGGAAUUUUAUGAAGUGAGCCUCCAGGAUAAUGAGGAUAAGCCCAUAGAGCCGUCAAGCCUUAAAACUAGCGAACCUUUUCCUCCAGUUAAUGAAUGGAAUUUCACUGGCCCUCCCAGUACCAUUGGACCAACAGAAACUGUGCCCAGCGUCAAUGCCCAAAGCAAAGAGAAAUACAGAUAUCAGGAUGAGGAUACCACGUCGCCUCCAGAACACAGCUCUCCACACCUACAAGGGGAUGUGCGUCCUCCUGAGCUGGUGCAGGUGUCGGAGAAGAGCAUCUCCCAGAUUGAGAAUGUACACAGCUAUGUUUCCCAUUCACACAUCUCUCCUAUGAAGCAGGCAGAUGUCAUUGCUCCCUCUGCUCCCAUAAUCCCUGUGAUCCCUAUCUCACCCGUCCCAGCCGAGACCACUUCCAUCCCUGCACCCACGUCACAGGCAAGCCCAGCACCAGUGGUGGUGAACACAGAAAGCCUUGACACCUCGCCCUAUGUGAAUGGAACAGAAGCUGAUUAUGAAUAUGAAGAAAUUACACUUGAACGGGGGAACUCGGGCCUGGGUUUCAGUAUUGCAGGCGGUACAGAUAACCCCCACAUCGGCGAAGACCCGAGCAUCUUUAUCACCAAGAUCAUCCCAGGAGGAGCUGCCGCACAGGAUGGCAGACUAAGAGUUAAUGACUGUAUACUGCGGGUAAAUGAUGUAGAUGUGAGAGACGUAACUCACAGCAACGCUGUGGAGGCACUAAAAGAGGCAGGCUGCAUUGUCAGACUGUACGUCAGAAGAAGAAAAGCCGUCACGGAAAAAAUAAUGGAUAUAAAGCUGGUAAAAGGUCCUAAAGGUUUAGGUUUCAGUAUAGCCGGAGGAGUUGGAAACCAACAUGUUCCUGGGGACAACAGUAUUUAUAUCACCAAAAUCAUUGAGGGAGGAGCGGCCCACAAAGAUGGACGGCUACAGAUUGGAGAUAAACUUCUGGCCGUGAAUGCUGUUUGCCUUGAAGAGGUCACUCAUGAAGAUGCUGUGGCUGCCUUGAAAAACACCCCUGAAGUCGUCUAUUUAAAAGUGGCGAAGCCCACUAGUGUCUUUAUGAAUGAUAGUUACGUUCCUCCCGAUAGGAGAAACAAUAAUGUACAGUAUGUGGAAAAUAAUGUCUGGCCUGCAGAUGAUAUUGGCCGGACACCAUGCUUUCCUGGCCUGUUCACUCAAAUCAACUAAUAAAUGCUGGUCUUGGUUUUUAGGGAGCCUAGGAAAAUAGUCCUGCAUCGGGGCACCACAGGACUAGGCUUCAACAUUGUAGGAGGAGAGGAUGGAGAGGGAAUCUUCAUCUCAUUCAUAUUAGCAGGAGGACCUGCAGACCUGUGUGGAGAAUUAAGGAAAGGAGACCGUAUCAUCUCUGUAAAUGGGGUGGACCUCCGCAGUGCAACGCACGAACAGGCAGCUGCAGCACUUAAGAAUGCUGGACAGACUGUCACCAUCGUGGCUCAGUACAGACCUGAAGAGUACAGUCGAUUUGAAGCCAAAAUCCAUGAUCUACGGGAGCAGAUGAUGAACAGUAGUAUUAGUUCAGGCUCUGGCUCAUUGCGGACUAGUCAGAAGAGGACCCUGUAUGUCAGGGCCCUGUUUGAUUAUGACAUAACGAAAGACUCCGGCCUGCCCAGUCAGGGGCUGAACUUCCGCUUCGGCGACAUCCUACAUGUCCUGAAUGCUUCGGAUGAGGAGUGGUGGCAAGCGCGGCAUAUGACUCCAGAUGGCGAGAUGGAGGAGAUGGGCGUCAUUCCCAGCAAGAAGAGGGUGGAGAGAAAAGAAAGAGCCAGGUUAAAGACGGUUAAAUUCAACUCCAAGUCUCAAGACAAAGGGGACCUGAGUGACGACAAAGGCUUGAAGCAUGUAACUUCUAAUGCCAGCGAUAGUGAAAGUAGUUACCGUGGACAGGAAGAGUAUGUCCUCUCGUAUGAGACAAUCACGCAACAGGAAGUGAGUUAUGCUCGUCCAGUGAUUGUCCUUGGACCCAUGAAAGACCGGAUCAAUGAUGAUCUAAUCUCUGAGUUUCCGGACAAGUUUGGAUCAUGUGUUCCCCACACGACUAGACCAAAGCGAGACUACGAGGUUGAUGGCAGAGACUACCAUUUUGUUAUUUCACGGGAACAAAUGGAAAAAGACAUUCAGGAUCACAAGUUCAUCGAGGCCGGCCAAUAUAACAGCCACCUCUACGGGACAAGCGUGCAGUCAGUGCGAGAGGUUGCAGAAAAGGGCAAGCACUGCAUCCUGGAUGUCUCAGGCAAUGCCAUCAAACGACUCCAGUUAGCACAGCUCUACACCAUUGCGGUGUUUGUGAAACCCAAAUCAGUGGAGAAUAUUUUAGAGAUGAAUAAGAGAUUGAUGGAGGAGCAAGGCAGGAAGACUUAUGACAGAGCCAUGAAACUGGAGCAGGAAUUCCUAGAGCACUUCACCGCCAUUGUGCAAGGGGACACAUUAGAAGAGAUCUACAACCAGGUUAAGCAGGUCAUCGAGGAGCAGUCUGGGCCGUUCAUCUGGGUUCCAGUCAAAGAGAAAUUGUGAGACGACUGGAGACAAAUAAACCUUAUUCUUCUUUAAACGGUUUUUUUUUUUCUUCUUUCUUUUUUUUUUUUAUACUAACCUGGCCUGCUGCUUGCAUUGGCUUUCUGACCCCUGAGUAUAGGAAAUAAAUUUUCUUUGGACGGGCUUGGGGUCAUGGUGGCCUCUCUCUCUCUCUCUCUCUCUCUCUCUCUCUCUCUCUCUCUCUCU